CACAAAUCAAGUAGUUUUUGUCAUUCUUUGUCUCACUGUGUGUCUGUGAGAGAGAGAGAGAGAGACAGAGACAGAGCAAGAGAGCAGAUGGAGAAAAUUUGCGUCGCCGUAAGAGUGAGGCCAGCGGUGAAUGAAGAGAGCUCUAAUGGCGGUGGUGCUUUCUGGAAAGUGGAAGAAAAUCGUAUCUCACUUUACAGAGCUCUAGGCACCCCAAUUUCUGGGCUGUCCUACGCUUUUGAUCAUGUGUUUGAUCAGGACUCCACAAAUGCUAGGGUUUAUGAGCUUCUGACAAGGGACAUCAUUCAUGCUGCUGUCGAGGGCUUCAAUGGAACUGCAUUUGCAUAUGGACAGACCAGUAGUGGGAAAACUUAUACGAUGAAUGGUUGUGAUAGUGAUCCAGGAAUUAUCCACCGAGCUGUGAAAGAUAUAUUUGAGGAAACAAAGAUGAGAACAGAUAGAGAGUUUCUGAUUAGAGUUUCCUACAUGGAGAUUUAUAAUGAGGAAAUCAAUGAUCUGCUGGCUGUGGAAAAUCAAAAAUUGCCAAUUCACGAGAGUUUAGAGCGCGGAGUCUUUGUUGCGGGACUUAGGGAAGAAGUCGUUAGUAGCGCUGAGCAAGUGCUUGGGCUUCUACAACGCGGAGAAGUCAAUAGGCAUUUUGGAGAGACUAACAUGAAUGUCAGAAGUAGUAGAUCUCAUACUAUAUUCAGAAUGGUAAUUGAAAGCAAAGGGAAGGAAACUGGUUCUGGUGAUGCUUCAAUUUCUGAUGAUGUUAUUCGUGUCUCUGUCUUGAAUUUAGUGGAUUUAGCUGGGUCUGAGAGAAUUACAAAGACCGGAGCUGACGGUGUUCGUUUGAAGGAAGGAAAGCAUAUUAACAAGAGUUUAUUGAUUCUUGGUAAUGUGAUAAACAAAUUAAGUGAAGGUGGAAAGCAAAGGGGACACAUUCCUUAUCGGGAUAGUAAGCUCACACGCAUUCUUCAACCUGCACUUGGUGGAAAUGCCAAAACUUCAAUAAUUUGUACACUUGCUCCUGAAGAGAUACACAUUGAGGAAACUAAAGGAACACUUCAGUUUGCCAGUAGAGCAAAACGCAUAACCAACUGUGUUCAAGUGAAUGAGAUAUUGACAGAUGCUGCAUUGUUGAAGCGACAAAAAUUAGAGAUAGAAGAACUGCGCAUGAAACUUCAGGGAUCAAGAGCUGAGGUGCUGGAGCAAGAGAUUUUGAAACUUCGGAAUGAUAUGUUGAAGUACGAGCUGGAACAUGAAAAGCUUGCUAGGGAACUGGAGGAGGAGAGAAGGUCACAAAGAGAAAGGGAUCAAUGUAUCAGGGAGCAGGAGAUGAAAAUUGAAACUCUUAGCAGUCUUGAAACCUUUUCUAGGUCAAGCAGGGGUUCUGGGCAGGAAUAUACCAAAGUAAGUCCGAAUGAAGAAAGCAGUGUGAACAACAGAUUCAGUGAAGGCGAUGCUUUUAGUACACCAUGUUUUAAGGCACUUCCCAAGUCCUUCGUUGUUAGUCGUUCACACUACUCAAAUCAACCUGAGUGCAGUCCCCUCCCAGAUACAUUAAAUGAUUUUGCUGAUGAAGACACAUGGAUGAAAAUGAAUAAAGGCUACAUAGCUGAUCUUGAUUCCCUUCAAACUCCUGCAAGAAAGGUUCAAUCAUGUCCAUCAGAAGAGUCUUCUACUGAGGAGUACAAGCAAGAGAUUCAAAGUCUCCGAAGACAGCUAGCCGUAGUUUCGAAAGAGAGAGAUGAUCUCAAGAGACAGCAAGCAGAACAGAUAUCAUUGAACAACCAGUUAAUCAGAGAGGUGGCAGUGCUGCAAAAAGAGGCAAGUGAUAUUCACGAAAUUCCUCAAAGGAUGUGUGCGUCAAUUGUGGAUUGCAAAAAUAUAUAUGAAGAUGUUCUAUCUGUUCUACAGAGCUUUGUAGCUGACGAGAAGUGUACUACGGCAAAAUUACUUUCUGAUACAAAAGACAUUGGUACUUGCCUCUUCUCAACAUUGGAAUCUCACUUCGCUAAUCCUAUAAAGGGUGAUAGAUUCUCCACUGACAAAUCAUUGUUCAAUAAACAAUGCAAUCACCUCUGCGAGAAGCUGAAAAGCACAAUCUCAUCCAUUGUUGUACCUGAUGCAUCAUUUCAUGAUGGCGAUAAUUUGAGUAGUCCGCCAUACGGCUUCAAAAACAAGGUAGCUGCUUGGUUUCCAGUAUCAAAAUUUAACUUGCCAAUAUUCUUUUUGUUAUUUACAUUGAUUAUAAGUUGUAUAAUAAGCUCUUGGAAUUCAGUAUUCUGAAAGUUCUUGAAGUAUAUAUCAAAUUCAAUCACUGGCUUGCUUGUUACUAAACUUUAGGGGCAAGUACCAGAAUGUUCAACAUAUAAUUUUUCAUUUCUUACCAACUACCAGAUAGAAACUCCACUUGCCGCGAUAUAGGUCUUCUAUGAACUAGUAAUGGAGUAAUGAGAUAUGUCAAAUUUUCUAACUGUCAGUAGUUUUAGCUUUUUGGUUUUGAUAAAUUGUGAUGUAUGUGGCUUCUCUUCUAUAGUUAGCAAUGACAUAUAAUUUUCAUCCAAAAUAUUUAUACUUGAAUAUUCAGCCAUAUUCUUUAAUCUAUUCUACAUUUCUACUCUGAUUAUUCCUUCUGUGCUUUCUGGUUAUCUUGGUAUCUGUUUUCACAUGGGUAUUAGGAAGGUAAUAAAGAACUCCAACAAGACUACCAGAAAGAUACAACUAUAGGUUCAAUAAUUAAUCAACGAAUGUAAAUUAAUCAGAAAAGAGAAUAUUAGACAAAUUAUUUAAGUUAUUAAAGCUCCAGUGCCCUUUAUGCUGCAUAGCCUUUUCUCUUUUCUUCGGUUGAUAGUUGUCUCCACUUAGUAAUACAUGCUCAGGAAAACGGAUGGAAGUCUUGGCAACUAAGGUAGGUUUGUUCAUCUUAUUCAUUGUUUGGUUUCUGAAUGUGAUCAAGGGCCGAACUUUGGGAGAAGAAAUUGCUUCCUGGAAAGAGAAACUGGAUAGUGAAGUGGAAAGUUUCAAGGAAAAGUACAAGAACUUGAAGAAAGAGUUCAACAACAGCAACCAGCUCCUGGAAAUAGCUAAAGAUAGAUUUCAUAGCCUUGAGAAGGAGCUCCAUGUUUUGAAAGAGGAGAAAGAUUCCCUCCUUUCGAGGGUCUCCAAGUCUUCCCAAAUGCUAGCAAUUGUUACCGAAGAAAAAGAAAAGGCUAUACAGAAUUUGAAAGUUGAAGCACAGAAGAGGAAAGAUCUUGAAGAAAAUGUCAGAAAGUUCAGCCUAGCUUUUUCAUGUAGGCGGGAAACAUUUGUGUCUGUCCAAAGUGAUUUACAAUCUUCCGUCGAGAACUUCAGGCAGAGAACCUAGUUUCCGUAUCCAAAACUCAUGGAUCCUUAAGCUGAUUCCGCUGUUACCUAUGAAAAUUACGAUACUGCUGUCUUGUUAUUUAUUAAUUCAGCCAUUACUGAAGGGUGUAUAUUAGUAAACUGGGUUUAUUGUGAAGAAAAAGAAUGCACUAAAGUUGAUGUACUAUAUAAAGCUUGUGCUACUUAGGCAAAUCCAUCAAUUUCAACUUCAUCAACGCACUUAAGCUGAAGGAUUCUGUAAAUCCUAUUCUACCAGCAAUGAUUCUGA